CAUUUCCCCCCAAUCUGUUUGCAAGUGUUUGACAAUGCAUGGACAGACUUUGAGUUUUUGUGAUUCUUUCUUUAGGUACUGGAAAAAAUGAUUGAUGAUGCAAAACAAUGCAAGUGCUGAAGACUUGUUUAUUCUAUUGGGAUUUUCUAAUUGGCCUCAUCUGGAAGUAUUUCUCUUUGGGCUUAUCUUGAUUUUCUACUUGACAACAUUAACAGGGAACCUGUUUAUCAUCAUUCUGUCAUAUCUGGAUUCCCAUCUCUACACUCCCAUGUACUUCUUCCUCUCAAACCUCUCUUUUCUGGAUCUCUGCUAUACCACCAGCUCUAUCCCUCAGAUGCUGGUCAACCUCUGGGGCCCAGAGAAGACCAUCUCUUAUGCUGGUUGCAUGACUCAGCUUUACUUUGUCCUUGCACUGGGAACCACAGAAUGUAUCCUACUGGUGGUAAUGUCCUAUGACCGUUAUGUAGCCAUAUGUAGACCUCUACAUUAUACUGUAAUUAUGCACCCUCGCUUUUGCCAUCUGUUGGCUGCAGCUUCUUGGGUAAGUGGAUUUACCACCUCAGCAGUUCAUUCCUCCUUUACCUUCUGGGUGCCCCUGUGUGGACAUCGUCAAGUGGAUCAUUUCUUUUGUGAAGUUCCAGCACUGCUGCAAUUGUCGUGUAUUGAUACCCAUGCAAAUGAGCUGAUUCUCAUGGUCAUGAGCUCCAUUUUUGUGCUCAUACCACUUAUUCUCAUUCUCUGCUCCUAUGGUGCCAUUGCUCGAACUGUAUUGAGGAUGCAGUCAACCACAGGGCUCCAGAAAGUCUUUGGGACAUGUGGAGCCCAUCUUAUGGUUGUAGCUCUCUUUUUUGUUCCCGUUAUAUGUAUAUAUCUCCAACCACCCUCAGGAAAUUCUCAAGAUGAAGGCAAGUUCAUUGCCCUGUUUUAUACUGUUGUCACACCUAGCCUCAACCCUCUAAUCUACACCCUCAGAAACAAAGAUGUAAGAGGUGCCAUGAGGAGACUAAUGGGGUGGGAGUUGGAGAUGUGA